AUGCCGCCCCGCCCGCGGGACGCGCCUCCACGCCGCGCGAGCAGCACUCGGAGGAGUCAGGUGGUUCCUGAGCGGCCACAAGUGGCGGAUGGGAGCCAACAAUGGAUGGGCGCCAGCUUCUACGUGCAAAUCGAGCGCUGCGCGGGUGUGCCCAAGCAAUCCUGCUCCGUGCGUUUAGAGGAGGAAGUCUAUUUGCAGAAAGCGCAGGCCUUGAAGGAGAGCAUUGACCACUUCUUCGAGGGCGCCCUGGAGGUGUGCAUCCUCGAUGUGCCCACCCUGUACGCCCUCGAAGUGCGAGUCAUGCGCGAGUCGUUGCAUCCCAGACAUGGCACACCAGUGUUUGCCAAGGAGGCAAUGGCUCAAGGAGCCCAGACACUCUUUUCGAAAGUGGCUUGCAAGAAGUGGCCACGGGCUGCCGACCUGUGUGCGCGCCUGCAGGAGUUCUGCCGCAUCCCCGUGGUGAUCCGCCUGCUGUGCAAGGAGCAGCCCCAAGGGGUGCGCAAAGACAGCAGCUUGCCCUUGGAGGUGCAGCAUGCCAUGAACAGCCAGCGGCGCAGCCCGGGACAUGUCGACGAGCUUUUGCCAUUGGACCAUGCGACCUUCAGGGCGCUCCACAGCACUGGCAAGGAGAUCCUCUUCUCCACAGAUGCCGAGGGUUGCUCGCAGGAGGUGCUUCACCCAGGAAGGUUUGAGCUGCGCUGCGACCCGAAAGGCACCUACGACAGGUUGGACCCUUGGUCCAUCGAGGUCCCCUCCACCUUCGUGCCCUUGGAGGCCGGCCGACCGCUGUUCUCGAUCGCGCCGUUCCGCUCGAGCGAAGCCAAGUCUCGUGGCUUCGCUGCCGGUUCGCCGGUUCGCCGCCAGUUCACGGUGGUGGCGAAGAUGAAGAAGCGCUGCACCUUCCAAGUGGUGGAUCAUUUGAACAGGCCCCUUUUGACCGUGGGAUGUGCCGUUUGUUCAGAGGUCGUGGGAUCGCUGGAAGACUUCCUGUUUCCCUGGUGCUCCGAAGAGGGUGAGGAGUACAAGAAAACAGGGUCAAAGGCAAGCUUGCACAAGCUUGCGUGA